AUGUCAUUAAAUUUAGAAUCAAAAUUUAAUUCCUCUAAAACCAGUGCUUCUAGUGAGAACUCAAAUGUGUCAUCUUCUAGAUUGAAAGAUAAUAGAGCUACCCCUUCAAAACGUAUCACAAAUCCAUAUCAAAUGAAUACAACCCCGAAGUCAAAUUAUCCUAUAGUGACCACUCCUUUUAUUAGAAAAUUUCGAAGUGCUUCUUUAGGACGACGCAGCACGAUUUUUGAAACUCUGAACUCAAUUGAUGCCCAAAACAAUAGUGUUCAUUCUGACCUUGACAAUGGGCUGAUAGGAAUUUUACGUCAGUUAAGUAGACAGCUUGUUAUUGAAUUUAAAGAAGAAAACCAAGACAAAGUAUUUUCAAGUGUCGAUAAACAAAAAAAUGAACGCCGAAAAACUAUUGAACAUUCCAAAAUACUUCCAAAGAAACUACCAAAUAGUUUGGAUGAUCAAACAUUAGAACAGCAGUAUUUACAGAAGCUUGCUAUAAGUGGAAAAGAAAUCAAUACAGAUGAAGUUGAAUUUUUUAUAGAUAAUAAAAGACAGAGCAAGGAGGAACCAUCACGACAGGAUUCGGCAAAACGUCAAAAAAGCUUAGAAACCAUAAAUACUUCUAAAAGGAGAUCUACUACUAACAUAAAAAAUACCACCCAUGAGCUUGAAGUUAAAAAUUCUGAUUAUAACCAUAAAAUAACUAGUAACAAUAUUGAUGAACCUAGACUAUCACAACCUAAAUCUAAUUUUGUUAUUAAAAUUAAUACAACACCCACUCAUGAAGCACAUCGAUUGCGUUCAUCUUUUGGAAGAAGUGAUAGAGAAGUUGAAAUUGCUCGUAAAGCACAAGAUCGAUUGAGUCUUACGGAUAGACGUCUUAGUGAAAUUUUUCCUGAAUUCAACACAACUCAAAUAGAAGAAGAUGAUGAAAGUUUUGAAAGAAAUGAAGAUAUGUUUAAAGAUAAGAUGACAAAUUUGUCUGAAUAUACUUCAAAGCCGUUAAAAUCUCGAAAGCUCAGUCUUAAUGAGCCAUUUAAAAUUCAAAUUAAUAAUGUGGACAUUCCGAUGGAUAAUUCCCAGUCGUCCAUAGAGCUUGAAGGAGAAGGAUCUGAAGUUAUUUUGGACCGAGAUGACAAAAAGAGAUCAUUAAAUGAAUCUUUUGUGAUAAAUAUUGAUUUAUUAGAACCAACCUCUGCCCCAAUUGAAUUAAACGAGGAUACUAAUGCUAACAAAAACCAGAAUUCUCCCAUCAUAAAUGAAAAUAUUUCAACUAGUUUUGAAUCUAGUAUAUCUUCCCUAAACCCUAACUCAGGUGAAAAAAAAUAUUCUAGCGACGAGGAUAUUAUAGAUGGAUCAAAAGUUCAACUUAGAAAGCGUGAUAUAAACGACAUGGAAGUUAAUGAUGAUGAUGACGACAACUCGAUUGGAGGCUUUGAUUUUUAUGAAGCAUCUAAUGACUUUACUGAUCAAAACGACGAGAGUAUAGUGAAAGACCAUUCAUUAUCAAAAUCCAAAGAUCCUUUUCCAGAUUAUACUUUAGAGGACGAAGAAAUUUAUAGACGCCAAGUUGAUUUUGAUCAAGAAAAACCUAGGAAUGAGCAAGCGCUGUCACCAGUUACAUCUGGAUCUUUUGUUUUUCAAAAACCAUGGAUUAAAAAUAAGCUGGAAAAGAGGACAGCUCCGACCGUGUCGAAAGUAACAAUUAAAGAUUUUGCCGGUUCUUUUGUGUUAUCGCGCCGAAAGCUUUCCCCAGAUGCCAUGGAUGCCUUGGUAGAUGCACAGGAUUUGUUUUUUAAACAAAUGGGCUUAGAUCUAGCAGCAUAUUCUAAACAUGCAGGUCGUAAAAGAAUUGAUGUUGAUGACGUACUUGCUUUAAUGAAACGGCAAAGAGUGCUAUCUGCAACUUCCAGAAAUAAUUCAGCUUUAACUGCAACUAACGGCCUUAAUGAAACUGUUCCAGUGGAUCUUAUUGCGCAACAAUUUUUUCCACAAGAACUUGUCGACGACUUGGUAGACGCAGUAACAAUAAAACACACAAAAAAGGCAAGUGUUUAA